UCAUAGUGCAGACGGUUUUUGAACUGUUUAGAAAAACGAAUGAAAAUUUUAGGAUUGAUAUUCGUGAAGUGCUCUUCCUGUAAAAGUCUUCUUAUUGCGUAAUGUGAUCGAAGCGAAGAUUUUAAUCAGUUUUGUUGUUGCAUUUUGGCCUUGCGAGAUUACUAGAGAUUUGGGAGAUCGUUUUACGUGGCGAUCGGAAAACGGAUAUCAAGUGUCAAGUGUUUUACGGCCUAAUAAGCGCCAGUUGCGAAGGAAGCUACUGAAGCACUACAUCUGAUCAGUUUUCAUGGUACUCAUACCGAAGAGAGUGCAUUUUUACGAGAAAAGAAGGAAGAUACGCUUCCGGUGAAGAUCGCUUAGCAAGGGAAGUGUUCAGUGUUAACCAGAACAAACAGAACCGAUGGUAGUUUGAGUUUAUUUUUUUUUUGGAAAGUGGACCGAAAAUUUGCACCGACCGUCACCAUGGUACGGAGCUUAUCGCAGUGGACCAAAACGCUCAGUUUUCCGGCCCGGAUUUCUCCGAACCGAAACUCGAAGGAGUGCAACGUCAACGUGUUGCCAAUAACGCCUCCCCCGGCACCACCGAGGAACAAAAGUACAGCGACCUCGACGACUUCCUCGUCCAAUUCGUCCACCACUUCGUCGCCUUCUCCGCCACCGAAUGUGCCGAUAACGGAAAUCAGUCAAAUCAUCUAUCCAGACCCGGAAUCGGAAAAGGCCAUCAUGGGAUCGCUGGUGUUCUGCAUCCAUCACAAGCAGGGCUGCAAAUGGUCCGACGAGCUGCGCAAACUGAAGGCCCACUUGAACACCUGCAAGCAUGAUGCGAUCCCGUGUCCCAACAAGUGCGGUUCGCAAAUCCCGCGGGUCAUGAUGACCGAUCAUCUGGCCUUCACCUGCAUUCUGCGUCGUGCCAUCUGCGAAUUUUGCAACGUCGAGUUCACCGGCAUCGGUCUAGAGGAGCACGCUGGUACGUGUAGCUCGGAGCCGAUCUACUGCGAGUCGAAAUGCGGUGCGCGGGUCGUUCGAGGCCGCAUGACCAUCCAUCGUGCCAAAGACUGUGGCAAGCGGCUGCGACGUUGUCCUCACUGCAGCCGCGAGUUCAGUGCUGAUACUCUGUCCGCUCAUGGAGCCACGUGUCCCCGUAGCCCAGUGCCAUGUCCACAACGUUGCGAAGCGGGUCCAUUCGCUAGGGCUGAUCUGGAGUCACACCUGCGUGAUGAAUGUAAAGCGUUGUCGGUGCCUUGUACUUUCAAAGAAGCCGGUUGUCGUUUCAAAGGACCUCGCCAUCUUUUAGAGUCCCACCUAGAGUCCAACACAUCAGCUCAUCUGUCGCUGAUGGUUGCCCUAUCAGGUCGUCAGGGGCAACAGAUAACGAUGUUGAAAAACGCUAUGGCGAAACUAAGCACCAAUUAUACAGGUACCCUACUCUGGAAGAUUACCGACUGGUCGGCAAAAAUGAUCGAAGCCAAGAGCAAAGACGGUCUCGAAUUAGUCUCACCGCCAUUCUACACCAGCCAGUACGGCUACAAAUUGCAAGCUUCAAUGUUUCUCAACGGUAACGGUCCCGGUGAAGGAACCCACGUAUCCGUUUACAUCAAAGUUCUGCCGGGUGAAUAUGAUGCUCUUCUCAAGUGGCCUUUCUCUCACUCGGUCACUUUCACCCUCUUCGAGCAGGGUAGCAUGGGUGGUCAGGGUGGUGUUGCCGAAUCGUUCGUUCCGGAUCCAUCGUGGGAAAACUUUCAGCGUCCCUCAACCGAGCCGGAUGCUCUAGGAUUUGGAUUCCCACGGUUCGUGUCCCACGAGCUGCUCAGUCGUAGGCCAUUCGUUCGCGAUGAUACCGUAUUUCUACGCGUCAAGGUGGAUCCGAGCAAAAUCGUCGCCGUGUAAAUGCAGCAUGCAACCAACGAGCCCCAGCGACUGCUGAAAAAUGAUCAAAAGACUCCUAGUUUAUAAGCAUAUAACAACAAGAACAACGAGAGAACAAUGAACUGCAUUUACCUUACAAUUCGCGACCUGUAAAUAUAGCAAGCGAAUCUAAUCGUAGGCGAACAGACCCUGUAAAUACAACAGCCACAAAAUCAGAGACACGCGACACUCACAAACUGCGCGGCUUGUACCAAAACUCUGUACACAUCCGAGAUAUCGAUCGCGAAAUCAAUCGAAUCAGCUUGAAAAUCUCAAUUUUUAAUUUACGCAAUUGUUAACUUAUCAGUUUAGUUUUUUUUUCGUUUUUGAAUUUAAGGUAUGUGUGUAUGCUCAGGAUUAUUAUUUGUUCUCGUAGUUUUCUUUCCCUCUUUAAACAGAAUGAGGAUUGAAACCGAACAUGGAAACUACCGCUGGAAUCAUGCCAAAGUUUUGUUUGGAUGGCUUUGCGCAAAGUUGACUUAGGUCCGAACGAUCCUUCCGGGACAGGGGCUGCUGAAAGUCAUGCAAAGCUUACAUCAUAAUCAAAAAAGACACUCCUCUAUUGCUUUCUUUUUCGUUGGUUUCCACCGAGGAAACUGUACUGUCAAAAUUUUUAGUUAUAUUAAAAUAUCUAGUUUUCUAGUUUUUACCCUCAGCUAUUAAACACGGAGGUCUGCAGAAAAAUUGUAGGUUAUAAGCGAACGUUUCGAGUCAUUAGGUUAAUUAAAUGGGAUUCUCAAUGCCCUUCGAGUGAAGGGCAGUUGCACUGGAGAUGAUAGGUAUCAAUUUCAAAACAAAUAGUUCUAAGGGUGUAUUUAACCAAUCGAGCAUUUAAGAAUAACAUAUUAAUAGUGGCGAACAAUCAGCACAAAUACAAAUCAAAAUAAUGG